GACUCCUCUGCGCAAAGAAAAAAGUGUAACCCCAACAAGCGCUUCCUUUACUUCAAGGGCUUUGCUGUUGUUAUCUCGUCAUACACUUACGAUAAGACCAGUUAAGGCAGGAUCCCUUGAGGAGAUCAGAUUUAUCAGUUAACAGUUGAGGGUCCUGUACUUUAUUUCUAAACACACUUUAAAAUAUUUUCCUAAUGGUUAAAAAUUAAACACAAAUCUAACAGCUGACAUUCAGAAGAAUCCCAGCCAGAAGAAUUUGUCUAGGAAAGGGGAUAAAAUUUCAUCAUGCGAAUGCUCCAAAUUUGCUUGGUUUUCUUGUGUCUCUUUUGUCUUUGUGGAUCAGAGAAUGCAGCAUCUAAUGCUGAAGAAAACCACUUUCGACAGGUUAAGCCUGCCCAGCCAGCUAAGCAAGACGACUACCUCAUAGAAGAAUGCUUAGGCAACCAAUACACCCACAAGUCCUGUAAGAAAGUUUUUUGUCACCCAUGGGAACGAUGUGUGGAGGGAAAAUGCCUUUGCAAGCUUCCCUACCAGUGCCCAAAGAAUGGCUCUGCAGUUUGUUCCACCAGUGGAAAGAACUUCCGUACUUACUGUCAGCUGAAGAGCUACGAGUGCCAGCAACCCAAAGCAAAGUUCCUGCACAAGGGAACGUGCAUGCCUGAAGAAACAUUUUCAGUCUCUCUGGGUCAUGGAGAAUCAAGUUUGCUUCAAGUAAAACCCGUGAAUCAUAAGGAUGACAGUUUUGUAUGCGCUAGUAAGUGGACUAUGAAUGAAGCAAACGUGGCUUGCAGGCACCUUGGCUUUGAAUUAGGUGCUGAAGAUUACCAAGCCACUACCAGCAUCACAGAAUCUGCCUUAAACUCAUUAAACUGUCUGCAGAUAAGUUGCAGGGGCCUAGAGACAAGUCUUGCUGAAUGUCACAUAGAGAUGAAAUCAAGAGAUAGUAAUGAGGGACUGGUUAGCCUGCAAUGCCAUGAAAAUCUCAGAGCUUGUUCAGAUGGGGAAUUUCACUGUGUCAACAAGAAGUGCAUUUCCCUGAAAAAAACCUGUGAUGGGAUCAAUGACUGUGGAGACCUGAGUGAUGAACUGUGCUGUAGAGAGUGCAGAGGCAACAGUUUCCACUGCCGGUCAAAUAUCUGCAUUCCAAAUAAGAAUGUCUGCAACAAAGAAAUUGACUGUCUCACAGGAGAGGAUGAAGCUGGAGUUCUCUGUGCAGGCAAAGAAGAAGGUGCUGAAAAGGACAGUAUGGAUGAAGAAAGAAAAAUGAUAAAGACAUUUCUUCCCCAAGUGCACUGCGGUGUUGGGAAUCACACGCUAACUCGACGGAAAAGAAUCAUAGGUGGAGAGAUUGCAGGAAAGGGGGAAUUUCCUUGGCAAGUGGCAAUUAAAGACACCAGCAAUGAAGGUUCAGCAGUGUACUGUGGAGGGGUUUAUAUUGGUGGCUGUUGGGUUCUGACUGCUGCUCACUGUGUCAGGGCAAAUCGAGUCCAUCUCUACCUUGUCUGGGUUGGAAUGUUGAACUCCAUAGCGUAUGACAAAGAGACAGAUACUUUCAAACUAAACCAAGUGAUAAUUCAUGAAAAUUACAAUGCAUCAACUUACGAAAAUGACAUUGCUCUGCUGGAGCUGAAAGGUUCUGGGCAUGGAGAAUGCUCCCUGGAAGACACCAGCAUACCUGCCUGUGUCCCCUGGUCAGAGUAUAUGUUUAAGACUGGUGACAGAUGCAAGGUUUCUGGAUGGGGAUUGGAGAAAGGUUACACAAAACAAUUUAUCCUCAAGUGGGGAAAUGUUAAUUUAUUUCACAAUUGUUCUGAAUUGUAUCCAGGACGAUUUUUUAAGAAAAUGGCAUGUGCAGGUACUUAUGACGGCUCCACAGACAGUUGUAAAGGUGAUUCAGGUGGCCCCCUGGUCUGCUUUGAUGCAGAAAAAGUGGCCUAUGUCUGGGGCAUUGUGAGCUGGGGUGAGAACUGUGGAGAGGCUGGUCACCCUGGUGUGUACACACAAGUUGCCAGCUAUUAUGACUGGAUUAGCCACCAUGUGACGAGGGGUCUCAUUUCACGGUACAAUAUCUGAAGCUUGGAAAAUUAAAUGCUUUCUUCAUAUCCCUUAUGCAAAAAAAUGUCCUUUCUCACAAUCAGCCAUUAUGUAACUUAGCAACAAUCAGUACAAAUCUUCGCGGAAUGUAUUUUCAAAAUUCUUAACACUCUAUGAAUACCUCAUUUUUGCAGAGCCUGUGGGAAGAGAAUUUUACAGGCACAAGUCCACCGCAAAGGUCUCUAAUAAAAGCAGAUAUUAAAAUA